AUGGGCGAACCUAAUAAUAUGAACGAUUAUAUCGGAAUUUAUAACAACAUUUAUCAACCGGAGAGCUUCAAUUCUAAUCCUACAAUUCAAAAGUAUGUUAAUUUGCAAGCCCAAGCCCAAGCCCAUCAACCUCAUACUCAAGAUGUCCGUCCUCACGCUACCUCUUUUUCUCUCGAUGGUAAUAUCAAUAUGACGUCUAUGAAUACUAAUAUUAGUUUGCAAGCACAACCUCAUGCUCAAAAUAUCUGCUUUCAUGUUACUUCUUUUUCUCUCCAUUGUAAUGUAGAUAUGACGUAUAUGAAUACUAAUUCUCCAAGUCGAAUGCUGCAAGCCCAACGGCCUUAUGCUCAAGAUGUCCGUCCUCCUGCCACUUUCUUUCCUUUCAGCGGUAAUGUUGAUAUGACGUCUAUGAAUACUAUCAACUACGGAAAUACUGGAAAUCAUACAACAUCGUAUCAAGAUGACGCCAUGAAUGAACAGUUGAAUCCAUCGAGUCGCGAACAAGUCGAAUCUUAUAGCUCUUGUCCACUCUGUGGCUCGUCCAACGGACAUUUUGGUACGAUCAGCAGUCAAUCUAUUACUAUUACAUAUACUCUUACGCCAAUGCACACGCAAGCAUCGCUUUCAUUCAACAACUCUAAUGUAUUCAACGAGCCCGCAAGCCUCGAAUUUGUGGUUACGAAAGAAGUACGAAUUCAAUCAGUGUUGGACAGGGUACCAGCUGCUAGCAUUGGCGAAGUUACUCUUCCAAGAGCACGUAAGCUUUCAAAAUUCGAGCGUACUCAAUCUCCAGCCGUGAUCAAUGAUAUAUCAAAAAAACUCCGCCACGUAGUUGGCAAGAUCACACUUGCGAAUCCAUUCUCAUCCACCUCGCACGAGAUGUCGAAAGUUGAAGACAGAACGUUGCAUGGAAAAAUUGAAUCUAAGUUUUAA